AUGUUGUUGCGCUUUCGUGGCCCCGACGGCAUGAUCCGUCAGGAGGCCAGUAAAGACGACACCUUUGGCGACAUUAUGCUCAAGCUGCUGCCACAGCUUCCAUCUACUGUCGAUCCUCGAACUAUCACGGUCUCCAACAGCCCCGGAAGCCGUGGUGACAGGAAGAAGGUAGCUGAGGUGGCGAAUGUCCUCAUCAGCCAGAUAGGACUUAGUCACGGUGACAUGGUCUUUCUCGAAUACAAGCACAAAGAGGACGGCGCAAAUGGCGACUCCAACGACGACUCGAACACGUCCCAGACGAUCACAUCCUCCACCAAUCGACUGAACGGUAAGCCCGUGCUCGCGGUCGAAGACCGGCCGAUCGACCCGUCCGGCUCCAGCUCAGCAUCGACAGCCCUGACGGCUGCGCACAUACGGAACGCGUGGGAGGCAGUGAAACAAUCGAAUCUGGACGACAAGCUGGACAAGAAGGACGGCAAGAUCACGCGGAAGCGGGACGCAAAGAUGUGCCGGCACGGGCCCAAGGGCAUGUGCGACUACUGCCAGCCGCUCGACCCCUACGACGCGACGUAUCUGGCCGAGCACAAGAUCAAGUACCUCUCGUUUCACUCGUAUCUGCGCAAGGUCAACUCGGACAAGAACCGGCCGGAGCUGGGGGCAUCGUUCAUCCCGCCGCUGGUGGAGCCGUUCCACCGGGUGCGGCCGGACUGUCCGUCGGGGCACCCGCUGUGGCCCGAGGGCAUCUGCAGCAAGUGCCAGCCCAGCGCGAUCUCGCUGCAGCCACAGACGUUCCGGAUGGUGGACCACGUGGAGUUUGCGUCGCCGACAAUCGUGGACACGUUUAUCAAUGCGUGGCGCAAGAGCGGAUCGCAGCGCUUCGGCUACCUGUAUGGGCGCCUGGACGAGUACGACGAGGUGCCGCUGGGUGUCAAGGCGGUGGUGGAGGCCAUUUACGAGCCGCCGCAGACGGACGAGCUGGACGGACUGACGCUAGACGCGUGGAGCCAGGAGCAGGCGGUCGACGGGGUGGCGCGGCUGUGCGGACUCGAGAAGCUGGGGGUGGUGUGGACAGACCUGACAGACGCGGGGGCCGGCGACGGGACGGUGGUGUGCAAGCGGCACGCCGAUUCCUACUACCUCUCCUCGCUCGAGGUCGUCUUUGCGGCGCGGCUGCAGGCCCAGCACCCCAAGGCGAGCCGGUGGAGCGACACGGGUCGGUUUGGGUCGGACUUUGUCACCUGCUUGAUCUCGGGCAACGAGGCGGGCGAGAUUGGGAUCGCAGCCUACCAGAUGUCCAACGAGGCGGUGGAGAUGGUGCGUGCCGACAUUGUGGAGCCAUCGGCCGAGCCGGAGACGAUGCUGGUGCGCGCCGAGGAGGAGGACGACGGGGCAAGCAGCCGGACGCGCUACAUUCCCGAGGUCUUUUACCGCCAUAUCAACGAGUACGGUGCCAACGUGCAGGAGAACGCGAAGCCAGCCUUCCCGGUUGAGUACCUCUUUGUCACGCUGACGCACGGCUUCCCGGACCAGGCGCGGCCGCUGUUCACCGACAACCUCGCCGGCUUCCCGAUCGAGAACCGAGAGCACAUUGGCGAGAGCCAGGAGCACACGGCCGUGGCUCGCACGCUCAAGGCUACGUCCGGUGGCCAGACGACCGACGGCGACCUGAGCGUGUCCAACUUUCACCUGCUGUGCGCGCUGCACCAGAUGGAAGUUCUGUCCAAGGACGAAGAAUCACUACUCUGCCGCGUGGCAACGCAACACGACCUGGCCGACAAGUUUCAGCUGCAGGCCACACCCGGCUGGCAGACCUUGAUGAUGAUUCUGCAAUCUGCCGGCCGUGAUUCCGGGUCAGGCGAACCACUUGCUAAAAGAUUUGCUGCCGUUAGGCUGAAUGCGCGAAGUCUGCGGCCAGACUCGCCCUCCCAACGACCGACGGACGGCGACUGA